GAAGAAUGAACACAGCUUUUUAUUGAAGUUAAAGGUUACUUGGGAGCUUCUCCUGUGGAAAUGUGUAAGGUCAAAUACUAGCGCUCUCAGCAUAUGUAGUGUUCCUGAUGAAGAAUUAGGUGCACGUUGGUGCAUUUAACUGCAAAACCAGAAUGAUUGAAGAUAGUGGGAAAAGAGGAAAUACCAUGGCAGAAAGAAGACAACUGUUUGCAGAGAUGAGGGCUCAAGAUCUGGAUCGCAUCCGGCUCUCCACCUACAGAACAGCAUGUAAGCUGAGAUUUGUGCAGAAGAAAUGCAAUUUACACCUGGUGGAUAUUUGGAACAUCAUAGAAGCCCUGCGGGAAAAUGCUCUGAACAACCUGGACCCAAACAUAGAACUCAAUGUGGCCCGCUUAGAGGCCGUGCUCUCUACCAUUUUUUACCAGCUUAACAAACGGAUGCCGACCACGCACCAAAUCCACGUGGAGCAAUCCAUCAGCCUCCUGCUGAACUUCCUGCUUGCUGCCUUUGAUCCGGAAGGCCAUGGAAAAAUUUCCGUAUUUGCUGUCAAAAUGGCUUUAGCCACUUUGUGUGGAGGGAAGAUCAUGGACAAAUUAAGAUAUAUUUUCUCAAUGAUUUCUGACUCCAGUGGUGUGAUGGUUUAUGGGCGAUAUGACCAGUUCCUUCGGGAAGUUCUCAAGCUACCCACAGCAGUUUUUGAAGGUCCCUCAUUUGGUUACACAGAACAAUCAGCUAGAUCUUGUUUUUCACAACAGAAAAAAGUCACAUUGAAUGGUUUCUUAGACACACUGAUGUCAGACCCUCCCCCACAGUGUCUGGUCUGGUUGCCUCUCCUGCACCGUCUGGCAAAUGUUGAAAAUGUCUUCCACCCAGUUGAGUGUUCUUACUGCCACAGUGAAAGUAUGAUGGGAUUUCGCUACCGAUGCCAACAAUGUCACAAUUACCAGCUCUGUCAGGACUGCUUCUGGAGGGGGCAUGCAGGAGGUUCCCAUAGCAACCAGCACCAAAUGAAAGAGUACACAUCAUGGAAAUCACCUGCUAAGAAGUUAACGAAUGCAUUAAGCAAGUCCCUGAGUUGCGCUUCCAGCCGUGAACCUUUGCACCCCAUGUUUCCAGACCAACCUGAGAAGCCGCUCAACUUGGCUCACAUCGUGCCUCCCAGACCUGUAACCAGCAUGAAUGACACGCUGUUCUCCCACUCUGUGCCCUCCUCAGGAAGUCCUUUUAUCACCAGGAGUAUGCUUGAGAGUUCAAACCGACUUGAUGAAGAACACAGGCUGAUCGCCAGGUACGCAGCAAGACUGGCAGCAGAAUCCUCCUCCUCUCAACCAACACAGCAGAGAGGCGCUCCUGACAUCUCCUUCACCAUUGAUGCAAAUAAGCAACAAAGGCAGCUGAUUGCAGAACUAGAAAAUAAGAACAGAGAAAUCUUACAGGAGAUCCAGAGACUGCGGCUAGAGCAUGAACAAGCCUCUCAACCGACGCCAGAGAAGGCACAGCAGAACCCCACCCUGCUGGCAGAACUCCGGCUCCUCAGACAGCGCAAGGAUGAGCUAGAACAGAGAAUGUCUGCUCUCCAGGAGAGUCGGAGAGAGCUAAUGGUCCAGUUAGAAGGCCUCAUGAAGCUACUAAAGACCCAGGGGGCAGGCUCUCCUCGCUCCUCCCCCAGCCACACCAUCAGCAGACCAAUCCCCAUGCCCAUCCGCUCAGCGUCAGCCUGCUCCACUCCUACGCACACUCCUCAAGACUCUCUCACUGGGGUAGGGGGAGAUGUGCAAGAGGCGUUUGCACAAAGCUCAAGAAGGAAUUUAAGGAACGAUUUGCUAGUGGCCGCGGAUUCCAUCACUAACACCAUGUCCUCUCUGGUGAAAGAGCUGAACUCAGAGGUGGGGAGUGAAACAGAGAGUAAUGUGGAUUCUGAGUUUGCACGGACACAAUUUGAAGAUCUGGUUCCAUCACCAACCUCUGAAAAGGCUUUUCUAGCCCAAAUCCAUGCCCGAAAACCCGGGUAUAUUCAUGGUGGAGCUACCACAAGCACCAUGCGCAGUGACAUAGUUACAGAAGACGGAGAUGCCUAUGUGAGGCCUGAUGAUGAGAACUAUGAGAAUGAUUCCGUCCGGCAGCUGGAGAAUGAGCUGAAGAUGGAGGAGUACCUGAAACAGAAGCUGCAGGACGAGGCCUAUCAGGUCAGCUUGCAAGGUUGAAUGCAAUGCCCUUUUAUCACUCUCCUCUCAAGCAAGCUAUAGUCAGACAGAUGAUGACAUAACAUGAAAGCUGGAGGUGAUGGAGAGCCCUGUAUCCACACAGAGGAGGAGGAGACCAGCCUGGCAAAGCCUCACCCUCGCCGGAAAGAGGAGCCACCACACCCCGCAGCUCCUGGCAAACCCCCAUCCCUUAAGAUGUGUUCUGAUGCCUGUAGUGCAGCUAACUUUUUGUUCUCAGAUUUGUAGUUCUUCAGUGUGUGUUUUAGAAGGGGGUGGGGGAGGGGAGAACAAGACUUCUGUUCCAAGCUAAUGUAUCAGCUCCAUCUUCUGUAACAUGGCUCAUUCCUGGUUCAAAACAAACACAGGCUGAAAACCCACGCUGCUGUUACACACGGUGGCAGUAUUAACACGCAUUUCCAAUCUUGUACAUGAUCGUGAACCUGUCCAGUUUACAAAGACAAUAUUAACACUGUUUAUAGCUAAACAUUUGAUUUCAGGAUUCUUUAGAACUGUAGCAAAACAAUUUACUAGACUCUGUACAAUGGUUUUUCCACAGCAAUGGGGGGUGGGGGAGGGGAACAACCAUUAACAAUUAUUCACUCAUCCUGAAAGAGUUGGUUCCUGAGUGUUCAGACUCAGAGCCCAGAAGCCAGGGAGGGAGGGGUCAUUGGCCUGAAGUUGACUGCAAGUCUCUGUGAGCAGAGACCUGAGCCAACCACCAGGAAUAACCCAUUCCUUGGGGCCUCUUUCCAAUGUAGGGUUGGUUCCUUUCAAGAUUCUCUUAACAAGUCAGCCAUAGAACUUAGUGUAAAUAUUUUUUCCAAAUAGAUAUCAUAUUCAAAACAAAAAAGAGACAGCAUUCAAAUUAUAUAGAAUCUAGUUUUUAAAAUCAGCACAGAUCUUCUUAAAACUGUGAACUAUGUUUUGAAAUACUCGUUACUAAAGCUGUUUAUAAACCACAGGUGCCAUAAGAUCCCCAAAUGGACUAAAGUGAUCGAUGCUCUUCCAUGGUCUUGUUCCUCUCGUGUUAGCUUUAGGAAGCAUGUCAUUCACCACACUGCUCAUUCACAAGUCCCCUCCCCCCUCCACCCCGUCAGGUUGUUCGGAGGCCUUCAGCUUUAAAUGUACAGGCUUAAAGUGCGCUUGCAAACCGUUCUCUCUCCUUUUAUUUCUGAAUGUGGAUUGCCUUAGCUGGCCACCUCGUGUUCUGCAUGCAGCUUUGUGUGGUCAUAUGAAAGGAGACAGGCUCUUCUACAUUGAGUUGGGAGUCUUGCACUCAAUGACAAACUACUGUCAAGGACAAGAGAAUGAAAGACUCUGGGUGGUCCUUUAGACAGAACCACUAAAGAACCACUCUUAGGGAUUCUGGGGAAAAUGGAAAUGUAAUCAUUUGUUUCAAGAUAUGAAAAGGAAGAAAAGCUUGCGACAUACUGACAUAUUGGAUAUAUCAUAGUUAAAUGAGCAGCUUCUCUGGAAUUCCCGGUGUUCGUUUAAAAGAAUGAACAUCACUGGAGAACACUGGUUCUCCAGAUAUGGUCCCCACACCUGUGCAUCAGCGUCAUCUGGGCAUGUCAUACAAAUGCAGAUUCUUACCCAUUAACCCAGGCCUACUGAAUCAGAAACUCUGGGACUUGGGCCCAGCCAUCUGUGUUUUGUGCUAAUCAGCCCUCCCAAUGAUUCUGAGCCUUGCUAAAAGGUGAAAAUGACUGCUUUACAAUAAGGGUGUACAAUAAAGUCUCUGAAAAGGCUUUAUUUGGAAUAAGUAAGAGAGAAUCUACGUCAACCUUAGAGCUUUAGCCAUUUAAUUUUGCUUCCAUGGCUGUCAUGAACCUUCUCCUGUCCCUGACACCUGGCCUACAGUGGAAGGGUGGCAGCUGGGAGCAUCUCUUGUUUUCAAACGCUCUCUUCAGGGGGCCAUCAGAUGUUCAUGCCUCUGCAUCUGAUUACAAGCCAUCUCCUGGGCUUGCCUUUGGAACAAAAUCACAUGGGGAUAGCAAAGUACUUGAUUGGUAUCAGGAAGGACCCCAUGCCAACCCUGGAUCUACUUAAUCAUACUCCCCUCCAGAGAACCCACCUAACAAAUGUCCCUGAGCACAGGCUAGCACCAAAGUGGCACAACUGCACUGUUCUCUGAUUUCUUUGCACAGGUGGAUUUUAUUGCGGGUUUUGUUUGGUAUGUCUUAACAUUCAUCUCUCUUCCACUGCCCAUCCUCUGUGAACCCAUACCUCUGUAGAUGGAGCAGGUGGCCAUCGGUGCCUCACAUUCAAUACUGAAAAACCACUACAUCCCGACUACCUUUAUUGUUGUCAGCUCAAAAUCAGAGUCAGGGAAUUCCUGAUUUCAGAACUGAGACCCUGUAAGUGGCCCUCAGCCACUGACUGGACUGAGCUGACCUGUGUUGUGUCUUUGUGUUUCUACAUCUAGAUGUGAGUCUAAGGUUUGAACCAAUCUACUGAAAAACCCUCUCCCUAGCCAUAGCUUUCAUUCAGCCAACUCCACUACUUGGUCAUUGGUAUGUACCAUUGUACAAAACGGUUGCCAGGACUCUGAAACUGUCACCAAUGACCAGUUUCUCACUAACCAGCCACCUUUUCUUUCUCUUAGCUCCACGUCAGCACAGAGACCAGACUCAAGCACCCUUGCCCUGUAACCGAGACAAAAUGGCGUGUGUCGUUUUGGGUUUUUGUGGUUG